GUUCGUUCGUAUAAUAAGGAGCCGGUCGGACGCGCUCGUCAUCAUGAGGAAACAUCUUCAGGAGGUUUCUGCUUCGACUUUGAAUUCAUCAAAGAUCAAUUUGUGGUCAUGGGAUUCAAAGAAAAGUUCAGAUCUGCUUUGCGGAAUGGGAGUGACCCCAAUGGAGAAAGACCCCCAGGACACGGAAAACACUCCUCAGAACCAAAUGAUGCAGAUGACCCCUCCACAAAAGAGGCAGAAACAGAAGGGGAAAGAUGAUGGAUUUUUCAUUGCCCGACGUCCCAGGUCAUCCAGGAUAUCUCAGCCAGGGAUAUCCUGGGACUCGCUCCCUGAUGAGCUACUUUUGGGCAUCUUCUCUUAUUUACAUUUAACUGACCUCCUGAGAGCAUCCGGAGUGUGCAAACGAUGGAACAGGCUUUCGUGCGAUGAAUCAUUAUGGCACAGUGUGGAUCUCACCGGUAAACAUCUGCAAAGCGGAGUUUUGGGAAAGUUGCUACCACUGGGUCUAAUUGCCCUUCGCUGUCCGAGAUCUUGCAUUGGAGAACCAUUAUUUAAACAAGUCAGACCUCUGCGCCUUCAGCAUGCAGACUUCUCUAAUUGUACAGUAAGCACAGACAUCCUGCAGACCAUCAUCUCCCGCUGCCACAACCUGUGCAACCUGAGCCUGGAAGGGAUGGAACUUUCUGAUACCAUCAUGUGUGCCAUUGCUCAGAAUUCUGAUCUGGAACGAUUAAACCUUGGUGGCUGCUCAGGAUUUUCUCCAGAAUCGCUCAGGCAAAUGUUAAAAAGCUGCACUAGCCUCGACGAAUUGAACUUGUCUUGGUGUGAUUUCACAGCGGACCAUGUGAAGAAUGCAGUGGAGAACUUCCCUAGAAGUUUAACAGAGUUGAAUUUCAGUGGAUACCGACAGAACCUGGAGAUAGUUGAUGUAGAGAUGUUAGUUCAGAGAAGUCCCGAUCUAAUCAACCUAGAUUUAAGUGACAGUGUGAUGCUCACGGCCGACUGCUUCCCGGCAUUUCAUCCGCUCCAGCUCCAACACCUCGGUCUCAGUCGCUGCUAUCAGAUCACCCCUGCUUCUUUGCUUGAUCUAGGAAAACUCCAGCAUCUGAAGACCGUCAGUGUGUUUGGCAUAGUGACGGACAAUUCUUUACAGGUGUUGAAAGAGUCGCUCCCACAUAUAAAGAUAAACGGCUCUUACUUCAGCACCAUCGCCAGACCGACCACAGGCAGCAAGAAGAAUCGCAGCAUAUGGGGCAUAAAGUGCAAGUUGUCACUGAAUCGCACAGACUCUUAACGAGAGCGGCCACCGCACUAGAAAUCCACUAACUUGAAUUUUGCAAUGACCAUAAGGGACCGAAUUAAUUACCUGUGAUGCGGCAUCCAAGCAUUGAUGGUAAUGUUUAUGCUGCAGGUUCUGUGCCCCUCAUGUGGACAUUUUCCUCUAUACUGCUAGAUAUACCUGUAAACUUAGGUGAUUACUGACCAGCAUAGCUACUAUGUUAUCU